AUGGCGGACUACUUACGUGACGGAACAGCCUGUAUCACAGGUGCCGCUUCGGGCAUCGGAAGAGCGACAUCUCUAGCAUUCGCUCGGGACGGAUGUCGCAAACUCGUCCUAGGGGACCUGUCCUCUGCCGGUCUUGAUGAGACACGAGAUAUGAUACUACAGAUGUAUCCCACAUCGGAGGUCGUAACUUCCGUGAUGGACGUGACAAAUAUAGAUCAGGUUGAAAGUUUCCAUGCGACGGCGGUAGAGAAGUUUGGUCGCAUAGACUUCACGGCUAAUAUCGCUGGCUAUGGACACCAGCCAACCCCAUCCGUUGAGCUGAAAUCGAGUGAAAUCAGCAAAUGUUUUGCUGUCAACUUAAAAGGAGUUUUCCUUUGCGAACAAGCACAACUCCGUCAAAUGCUCAAACAGUCUCCAUUGGAUGGUUUCGAGAGUCGGGGCAGCAUCGUCAAUGUGGCCAGCCUUUGUGCUACGAUCGCAAUGCCAGGUAUGACAGGGUACUCUGCAACCAAGGGUGGUGCACUGGGCCUGACCCGGGGUGACGCUCUGGACUACGGCCCACACCAAAUCAGGGUCAACUGUGUUGCGCCAGGGAACAUCAUCACGCCAAUGCUAUCAAAUGUCAUGGGCGAGGAGCAUAUGUCUAUCAUGGCAGGUAUUACGCCUCUGAGACGCCUGGGGCGGCCGGAUGAUAUCGCCAACGCAGUCGUUUGGCUCAGCUCACCUAUGGCUUGCUAUCUUACGGGUGUAAAUCUGCCUGUCGACGGUGGACUGGCGCUGAGCACUGGUCCGUUUUGA